UCCGUGGGAGUCAGACUCAGAGAGCGGCGAGCAACAAGCGGGACGAACUUGUGCUGUUCUCACGACCUGCAACUGUUGCCCCAAGAUGCCUGCCGGCGGCCACGUUGUCCGAUACCUGUCCGUGGCCGACUAUGUGGUGUUCUCCGUGCUCCUUGCCGUGUCCGCAGCCAUCGGACUGUACUACGCGUGCACCGGGGGGAGGCAGCGUACCCAGCGCGAGUUCCUCAUGGCGGACCGCUCCAUGUCCGUCCUGCCAGUCACCAUGUCCCUGCUCGCCUCAUUCAGCUCUGCCAUCACGGUUCUGGGCACGACGGCUGAGAUCUACACGAACGGCACGAUGUACUGGAACAACCUGGUGUCGUCCGUCCUCUCCAUGGUGGUCUGCUCCCGCCUCUUCCUGCCCGUCUUCUUCGACCUGGGCAUGACCAGCACGUACGAGUACCUGGAGAAAAGGUUCUCUAAGAGUGUUCGGCGUCUCUGUUCCUUUGCAUUCAUGAUCAACAUGGUGAUCUACAUGGGACUGGGUCUGUACGCCCCUGCUCUGGCCCUCAGUGUUGUUACAGGGAUGUCGCUGUGGGGCUCUAUUCUGUCCAUGGGAAUCGUCUGUACCUUUUACACCACAAUCGGCGGGAUGAAGGCGGUGAUGUGGACCGACACGUUCCAGGUGGUUGUCAUGGUGACGGGUUUCCUGGCCGUCAUCAUUCAGGGCUCCAUCGAGGCCGGCGGGCUGGGGAAGGUCUGGGACAUCGCCAACAGCGGGCACAGGCUCGAGAUAUUCAAUUUUGACCCGGACCCCCGGGUGCGCCACACGAACUGGAACAUCUGGGUAGGGGGCGUUUUUGUGUCGGCGUCCAUAUACGGCGUGAACCAGGCCCAGGUUCAGCGGUACCUCAGCUGCCCGUCACUGGCAAAGGCGCGAACAGCACUGUACCUGAACAUCGUGGGUAUCGCCGUGAUCACGUCGUGUGCAUGCCUGUCCGGACUGGUGAUCUAUGCGCGUUACCACGGCUGCGACCCGCUCCUGGCGGGGGCCAUCACCAGCAGGGACCAGAUCCUCCCGUACUUCGUGAUGGACAUCCUGAGUUUCCUGCCGGGCAUGCCUGGGCUGUUCGUGGCGUGCGUGGCCAGCGGGGCGCUCAGCACCCUGUCCUCGGGACUCAACUCGCUGGCAGCCGUCACGCUGGAGGACUUCGUCAAGCCCUGGCUGCCCAAACUCAGCGACAUCAAGUACACUACCAUCUCCAAGGCGCUCGUGCUACUUCACGGUGUUCUGAUGGUUCUGGUGGCGAGUUUCGCGUCUCUGCUCGGCCCGCUGGCCCAGGCCGCUAUCAGCGUGUUCGGCAUGAUCAGCGGCCCGAUCCUCGGCAUCUUCAUCCUCGGCAUGAUGUUCCCCUGCGCAAACUCCACGGGUGGGUUGGUGGGCCUCCUGUCCAGCUUAGUGCUCACCCUGUGGAUCGGCAUCGGCAGUAUCGUCUGGCCCAGACGGAGGUGGCUGCCGCCCGUCUCCACACACCAGUGCCCGGUAAACUUCACCGCGACGACAGAGAACGCCACCGGGACUGCGCUUCACAGCGUUGUCAUGGAUACGGCGGCAAACGUGACGACGCAGACGACACUCCUCAGCAGCACGCUUGGCGGGAAUCUGACGUCAGAAAGUAGCGGUUUAAACUACCCCCCUGAAGCUGCCCUGUACCAGCUGUCCUACGCCUGGCUGGCGGCGGUGGCUGUACUGAGCUGCGUCAUCAUCGGGCUGGCCGUCAGCUUCCUCACAGACCCGCAGGACCCCCGCGAGGUGAGCCCGCGGCUGAUCAUCCCCGUGUACGACCGGCUGUUCUGCUGCCUGCCGGAGAGGGUGCGCAGGGUGCUGAGAUGCGGGGUCAGGUACGGAGAACAGGACGCAGACGACACAAAGGAGCACACUUCAGCAGAACUUGAGGAAGAAUCCACCACGGCAAAGGAGCAGGCUAACAGUACGGCAGACGGAAAAGCUCGGCAGCAAGAAGCGACGUCUCUGUGAAUACCUCAGCACGCCUUUGGGAGAAAGGUUAUCGGCAAUGCCAGAGACUGCACGCGCGUAUCUGUAUAUUCAAACUGUUGAUAUGUCAACUCUACAAUAUAUGCACACUGUAUAUCUACCUCCGGUAUGAAAAUAAAGUA